AUGUUUCGUCCCGCAAAUUUUUUCCUGGGCCUUCUCUCCUUCGCGUCAGGGAGUUCUCUUGUGGAAGCAAUCGGCAAGAUCGAGUGGAAAGGGCCAUGUUCGAUGCAUAAUCAGACUGCCCCUAUGAUCUGUGGUACUCUUGAAGUCCCGCUAGACUACACAGACUCGAGCUCCCAGAAGACUCUGACUCUACAGCUUGCUAAGAUAGCCGCCAUCGAGAAACCACGCGGGAAGUCAGUUCUACUCAACUUUGGUGGCCCAGGAGAAGACUCCCUGACCUCCCUGGCUGGUAUCGGAGCUGAGUUUCAAGCUAUAUUUGGUGGCCAUUCCGACCUCAUCACCUUUAAUACUCGCGGUGUUGGUAGUACCCUACCGUUUUCAUGCUACAACAGCGCGGCGGAGAGAAUUACUGCACUCAUGGAAGCCCCGAUCUAUAGCAAUGCGUCUGACACAGCUCCAGGGUCGGCGUGGGCGGCAGCAACGAAUUAUGCAAAUACAUGCUAUGCGCGUAUGAACGAAACCGGUGGUCUUGUUGGAACAGCUUUCAUUGCGAGAGACAUGAUGCAGAUCGUUGACGCACUCGACGAGGAUGGUUUGCUGCACUAUUGGGGCUUCUCGUACGGUACUGCGCUAGGAGCUACUGUUGCAGCGAUGUUCCCAGACAGAAUGGGUAGGGUAAUUCUGGAUGGUGUGCUGAACCCGUACGAGUAUUAUCACGGAUAUGACAACCAGCAGCUUGCUGAUAACGAUGAAGUCUUUGCCGGAUUCUGUUCUGCUUGUCUCGAGGCCCCUAAACUCUGUCCGCUGGCUUCCCUAGCCUCAUCGGGACCCGACUUGAAAGAAAAGCUAUACCAGAUGUUAGAAACUAUCAAGUACCACCCAAUUCCGCUUGGCGCAACGCUUAUGGAUUAUAUCGAGGUCAAGGGAACACUGUUCAAUGACCUCUAUAAUCCAAUCGACUGGCCAGCCUUAUCGGACGUACUCUACGCAGUGAUGAACCGAAAUGUAACCGCACUAGCUGCAUAUAUGAGGUCUCAGGGCGGCGCAUCCACCGCCCAGGAUUCGCUCCAAGGGAUCAAAUGUGGCGACAAGACUGUGCGAGCAUCUAGCUUUGAGCAAUUUAGGCCUAUCAUGGAGAGGGCGUACCAAACGAGUCGCACUUCGGGCGACGUGAACGUCCACGUCAAUAUGGAGUGCGCGCAGUGGAAGAUGUCGGCUAAGGAGCACUACAUGGGAAACUUCCGUGUUAAGACGGGUAACCCGAUAUUGUUGAUUGGCAACACCUGGGACCCGGUGACACCCUUCGAAUCAGCGCAAAACUUGAGUGAUGCUCUGGAGGGGAGUGUUCUUCUGCAACAUAACGGAUACGGACAUUCCUCUGUCGCGCAGCCAUCCCUCUGCACUGGCAUGGUGGUGCGGGAAUAUUUCCUACAUGGCACUCUGCCUCCAAAAGGGAAGGUUUGCCAGCCGAGCAUCCCGCCCUUCUCGCGCAAUGACUGGAAGAACGUAUUUCCGCAGCCACAGGUGGGAGGUGGAUUGGAGAAGGUUUUGUUGAAUGCGAUGAUAGGGCUGCGCCAGAAGAUGUCACGCCAAAAAGGCAUCUAG